GGAUCGGGAUCGUAACCAGAGCUGGGAUCGGGAUCGUAACCAGAGCUGGGAUCGGGCCGGAACCGAAGCUGAGAUCGGGAGUGGAUCUGCGAUCGGGACCGGAGCUGUGAUCGGGACCGGGAUUGGCGCUGGGACUGUGACCAGGAUUGGGAUCAGGACCGGGACUGUGACCAGGAUUGGGUUCGGGACCGGGACUGUGACCGGGAUUGGGAUCAGGACCGGGAUCAGAGCCGCCUCGCAGGUGGCCCCUCUGCGGGCUCUCCUCCCUGCGCACAGGACCCGCCACCGGCCGCGAUGGCAGCAGCCGAGGGGAAUAAACUUUGGGGUGGAAGAUUCAGUGGAAGCACAGAUCCCAUCAUGGAGAUGCUCAACGCUUCCAUUAGCUAUGACCAGAGACUGUCUGAGGUGGAUAUCCAGGGCAGYAUGGCUUAUGCCAAAGCCUUGGAGAAGGCUGGGAUCCUGUCUAAAAYGGAGCUGGAGAAGAUCCUGGGAGGCCUGGGGAAGAUCUCUGAGGAAUGGUCCCAAGGAGUCUUUGUGCUGAAACAAACGGAUGAGGACAUCCACACUGCCAACGAGCGCAGACUGAAGGAGCUGAUUGGAGAYGUAGCUGGGAAGUUGCACACUGGCAGAAGCAGGAAUGAUCAGGUUGUGACUGACCUGAAGCUGUUCAUGAAGAAUUCUCUCUCUGUCAUCUCCACGCACCUCCUGCGGCUCGUUGAGACCCUGGUGGAACGCGCUGCUGUAGAAAUUGAUGUGAUCCUGCCUGGCUACACCCACCUGCAGAAAGCUCAGCCCAUCCGAUGGAGCCACUUUUUGCUCAGCCAUGCUGUUGCUCUGACCCGGGAUUCUGAGCGCCUGGGAGAGGUGAAGAGGAGGAUCAAUGUCUUGCCUUUGGGAAGUGGAGCUCUGGCUGGAAACCCCCUGGGAAUCGAUAGAGAACUUCUGUGCAGUGAGCUGGACUUCGCUUCCAUCAGCCUGAACAGCAUGGAUGCCGUCAGCGAGAGGGACUUUGUGGUGGAAUUCCUCUCUGCUGCSACCCUGCUGAUGAUCCACCUCAGCAARAUGGCUGAGGAUCUCAUMAUCUACAGCACCAGCGAGUUUGGCUUCCUGACCCUCUCUGAUGCCUACAGCACUGGCAGCAGCCUGAUGCCUCAGAAGAAGAAUCCCGACAGUCUGGAGCUGAUCGUGGACACCCUGAAUGCUGUGCUCCAGGUUGCCACUGGAGUGAUUUCCACCCUCCAGAUCAACAAGGAGAGCAUGGAGAGGGCGUUGAGCCCAGAGAUGUUGGCCACUGAUCUGGCUCUCUACCUGGUUCGGAAAGGAAUGCCCUUCAGACAAGCACACGUGGCCUCUGGCAAGGCCGUCCAGCUCGCCGAGACCAAAGGCGUCACCAUCAACCACCUCAGCCUGCAGGACCUACAGAACAUCAGCCCCCUGUUUGGCAGCGACGUGGCGCAGGUGUUCAGCGUGGUGACCAGCGUGGAGCAGUACACGGCCGCGGGCGGCACCGCCAAGAGCAGCGUGACCGCCCAGAUCGAGCAGCUGCGGGAGCUGCUCAAGAGGCUCAAGGAACAGGCUUAGAGUGUGGGGAGAGAUGCCGUGCCAGCAGCGUUGUGCCUGUGCCACUGAUCUGGAGUUAAUAAACACUGGGGUGUUUGUAGUUCAC